AUGGAGGAUCAAACCAUCAAGGUGUACGCCCGUGUAAAGCCAGGAACAGAUGGAAAUACCGUGGUAAAGGUAGCUUCAGACCAAACGAUUACGAUUGGAAGAGAACGAAGAAGCUACUCAUUUGACAAGGCGUUUAAGCCUCAAUGUUCACAGGUAAUUCUUAGUUUUGGUAUUGUAUGUUUAGGUCUUUUUCACGGUUAAAAACUUGAUUUGUGAUAAAAAAAUUGAGGUUUUGAGAUGUAAAAAACGCCAAAAACGAUAUUGUUUUAGGUACAAGUCAUUGAUUUAGUUAAAAUAAAGUAUUUCUGGUAGCUGAUAGUUUCACUAGUAAAAUAUUUUAAACAAUAUUAAAGUAAAUUAAAUACAGAGUUGUUUUUGGGCGUUUGAAUAUUAUUAGAAAAUGUAAAUAUAUAUUGUUUUAGGCUGAGAUUUUUGACGCCGUUGGAAAGAACAUCGUUAACGGUGUUUUUGAUGGAUUUAAUGGAACUAUAUUUGCAUACGGACAAACUGGCUCUGGAAAAACCUACACUAUGAAUGGCCCAGAUGUAGAAAAUCCAGUGACCAAAGGAUUAAUACCUAGAUGCCUGGAGUACUUGUUUGGCAGCCUGGAGCAAAUGGAAAAGCAAGUAAGUAGAAAGGUUAUUUGUUUACGUUUAGGUAUGAAUUGCGAUGAUUUUGUCUUUAAAAAAGGAUGGUUUGGCAAAAUUUUUGAAAUUUUAUGUUGUGGUAGAGUUGAUGAAAAAAUUGAGUAAGAAUUUAUAAACGUAGGGACCGCUUGUGCAUAUAACCAAUUAUAUUGUACCUACAUAUGUUUCAAACAUUUUAGGAUCGAGAUUCUUUUACUUACGAAGUUAUGUGCUCUUUCGUUGAGCUCUACAAUGAAACGAUCUUUGAUUUGUUAGAUACGACAGGAACACAGCCCAGGAUUAGAGUAGGCAUUAACAAGGCAGUCACGUUGGAAGGAGCGUGUUCGUAUAUAGCCAGCAAUGUGGAUCAAGUUAUCUACACGAUAAGGAAAGGGUGCGACAACCGGCAUGUGGCCGAGACCAAAAUGAAUCGCGAGAGCUCCAGAAGUCAUUCUAUAUUCAUCAUAAGUGUUCAAAUGAAGAGAGAAGUGGACGGAAUUAUCAAUAUGAAGACUGCUCAAUUGAAUUUGGUAGACUUGGCUGGGUCAGAACGGCAGAAACAUAGUCAGGCUGAUGGAGAGAGAUUGAAGGUAAUUUUUUUUUGGAAUUCUAUAUGGAGAAGGUAUUAUUUUAAUUAUUUUUUAUGUUAGGAAAAAAAAUCUCAACUUUAAUAUUGCUUUAGGAAGCUAGUCAUAUCAAUAAGUCAUUGUCCACAUUGGCCAGAGUCAUUCGAACGUUGUCUUCCCAACCGACACAGCAUAUCCCUUACAGAGACUCAGUCUUGACUCAUCUUUUGAGCGAUUCACUUGGUGGCAACAGUAGGACUGCGUUUGUGCUCACAAUGCAUCAAGGUGACAUGUAGGUUUAUUUACUUUUUUAUUCUAUAAAUGUAAAUUUUACAGUUAUCAGUUGUUUACAUGUAAAAGAUACGGUUAUAAUUGCCUUUUGUUUAGUAAUGAAAUGAGAUUGUUGACUAUUGCAUAGUAAUGAUUAUGAUUUAAAAAUAUUUUUGUGAUAUUUUGUUAUUUAUAGGUAUGUGGAUACCACCGUUUCUACUGCUCUUUUUGGAAAGACUUUAAAGCUCAUUACCAACAAUGCUCACGCCAAUGAAGAUAUCAUUUGCGAAAAGUGGAAGAUGGAAAUGGCUCAACAAAUGCAGCUUCAGAAGUCUAAAAUACGUAAGUUGCAACAUAAAGUUAUUUUUUUAAAAAUAUUGGUGAAAAAAUUGAAUUAUUAAAAUUAAUGGUAAAGAACAUUGUAAAAAAGGUACCUAAUUAAAAAAAUUAAAUUUAAAUAUGUAUGGUUUCUAAUUAUAUGAUUUGGUACGAAUCCUUUCAGAACAGCUGCAGUUAGCGUUGGACUCGAGAACAGAGGAGAACGUUGAAUUGAAAAAGACAAUUGAAGAGUUGAAGACCAACAAAGAAGAGGCAGAUCAGAAUGAAUACAAGGAGAAACUGAACGUAUGUCAACUGAAGUUUGAGGAACUUGCUGAAGAGUACCAAGAGUUCAAGAAGAUGCACCAAGCCAAAAUGGAGGAAUUGGUCUCGGUCGAUCGCUACCACUCUGUCAGAAGGAAGUGCAUUCAACUGCAGGCAAAGGUGGAUGAACUGAAUGGAAGUCUGAACGAUGCUCUGACAAGAGUUAAGGAUUUGGAGGAUCAAGUCGAAGAAUUCAAUCAAAAAGAGAAUGGCAUUUUGAACAUGACUGAGUACAUGGUAAGGAUGGUUUUUGCUCUAGUUGUUUUUCUUGUUAUUUAUAUUUUCUGAAAUAGCUCAACAUGCCAUUUUUAGUGUUUGUUUACCUUAUUUAUUCGAUGUAAUUAUAGUCUGAAGAAAGCCGCAAGAAAAGAUUCAGAAGAAUGACUAUUUUCGAUGUGACCGAACGCAACCACGCCCUACAAAACAGAUGCAAACAGCUGGCAGAGACGUCGAUGACCUUUGAUGACGACACCGAACUCAUGUCGGACAAUGAAGAGGAAAAACCAGAUAAUACGAGGAAAGGACGUCCAGAAGUAUUAUAUACAUGCUCAGCCGUUCCCAAGGCACAACAUAUAAAAGUAGAAGAAUUCAAACAGCCGAACGUUGUGUCUAUGGCAGACUUGGAGAAGGCCGUGAAGAAAGCGAAAGAAGAAGCUGAAGCCGAGUACAAAGAAGCCUUGGCUUCAUCGUUGGGAAUGUACGAAGAGAAAGUGAAACUAUUCGAAAAGACCCAGGCCAGCUACAUUAACAAGAUCCACAAGUUGAAGGAGGAGUUCACGGAACUGCGACGAGAAAGAGACGAUUUGUACGUGCAGGCUACUGAAAAGCUGGGACAUCAGAACUCGAAACAGAAGAUAUCCUACCUCAACAAGCUGCGAGAACAGAACGUGGAAUUGACUAACGAAAACACCGAUCUGAAGGAGAAGGUUUACCAACUAGAACAGAAACUAAAGCCGUGA